AGAAGCAGGAGGAGGAAGAAGCAGGAUUCUGCACAGGAACUUGCUAUUGCCAUGUGAUUUCCUACCUCUCGAACAACCUUCACGGCAGCAGAAGAAAAAAACAUUGCGUGUAGGGCAGAAGGACAAGGGACAAUGGGAGAGGGAUGUGGAUGACAGUGCGACUGACUCCACGGAAGAGUUCCAAGAUGAAGAUUAUAUCUUGAGGGCCACAGAGCAACAAGAUGUUUCUUCUCUGAACCCAGACGCCCAAGUGUUCAAUCCCCAGGAGCCAGAGGAAAACCAACAGAUGCAACUCUUCACUGUCAUGGAAGAAGCAUCACUCUCUGGUGCAUCACUCUCAGGAGCAGGGGACCCGGAAAGACAGGUCUCCAGCGAGAGUGAACUGGAACCUCACGCUGAUGCUGGAAGCUCUGCAGAGGAUUCAGACUCCGGGGAAGAAGAAGGUCCAGACAACCUUGCCAGCCAAAGACCCAAGAGACUAAGCAAACCUCCAAAGACCCUGACCUAUGAGACACUGGGGCAACCCUCGAUAAUGCGAAAGAGAGUGGAGACACAUGGAUUCCGGUUACAGCAAAUGAGAGGAGACCUCUUCACUUGCCCCAGGAGUGAGGCGUUAGCACAUUGCAUCAGUGAAGACUGCCAAAUAGGAGCAGGAAUUGCCACCCUCGUUAGGGAGAAAUUUUCAGGUGUACAAGACCUACUGAGCCAAAAGAGAAAGGCCGGGGAGUGCGUGGUGCUAAAUAAAGGGAACCGGUUUGUUUACUACCUCGUAACAAAAGGAAAAUCGCACCAGAAACCAUCAUGUGGUAGCUUGUGGAAGAGUCUGGAAGCCAUGAGAAAUCAUUGUAUUGCCAAGGGAGUUACCAGUGUAUCAAUGCCCAGGACGGGAUGUGGAUUGGACCAUUUGGAAUGGAAGAGGGUUUUGGGAAUCAUCAAAGAUGUCUUCAAGGAUACCGACAUCCACAUCACUGUGUUUACUCUUUGAAGUACUUGAGUGUCUUUAAGAAAAAAAUACCAAAGAGGGAUGGACUUUGCCACUAGAGACUGGACUGUUUAAGAAAAUGCAGAUGUCAGGGACGACAUUCAGCUUGAGGGGGAGAGUGUAGGGACCUUAGAAUAGGCACCCCCCAUAACGUAUUUUUGCUUGGGUUAUUAUAGUGAGUAGUCAUGCGGAGGAAAGUAACCUGAAACUCUUAUCUAAUAAUAUAAGGUAGUUAUGACGUCCUCCAGCCACUAGGGAGCAACAGCAGGUACACUGGAGGUUGGGUUAGUACAUUAGACCUGAUAGUGCAGUGUAGCUGAGUGAAUAAGAGUGAGACUGCCUGUAAAACAAAUAUUAUUGUUAUCUGUUUCAGGUAAGAGAUUUAUCCAAAAGGUCCCAAUAUCAGUAAUAUGUAGUUUAGUUAGCAAUUUCGUUUUGUUAGGUAAUGUAAUUUCAUAUGGGAAACGGAAUUAAUAAAUAUAAAUAGUAACAGGGCCUAGUGGGAUGUAAACACUGUAUAUGGUAUCUCUAUGGGAUCGGAUGGGGUUUUUGUAAUUAAUCUGUUUAUAUCAGAGGCAUCCUAGCAGUAAAUGUAAUCAGAUCUAUUGAUAUAACAACAUAAAAGUGAGUUUAUUUAGUUUCUGAUGUUAGUGGUCACGUUUGAAAAUAAGAAGUAAAGAAAAUUGUGAUUGAAUUGCAUAGCGUUUUCAACCUGUUUAUGUGGUGGUUGGGUUAGUACAUUAGACCUGAUAGUGCAGUGUAGCUGAGUGAAUAAGAGUGAGACUGCCUGUAAAACAAAUAUUAUUGUUAUCUGUUUCAGAAAUUAAAGCUGGAUAAUUGAACAGCAGUGGUACUGUGCUUUGUGUCUUAGUUUUAAGCAUUGGGAAGAAACUCACAGCAGAGUGCCAUUCAAGUAAACAUCCAAAUCAACUAUAUAUGUAACACAAACUUGCCCGGCCCAUCAAGUGU